UUUUUCAGAACUAUGUCGAGCUUUGGCAACAAUGCCGGCGGAGGAGGUCGUGAAUAUCACGACGAUCGUUCAAACCGUGAUCAUCGGCACGGAAAUGGUGGAUCGGAUGCAGGACAAAGGCGCCGUGAAGAUCAUAACUCGAGUUAUCAAUCUUAUCGUCGUCCAGAUGGGAGACAGGAUUCAUACGGAGGUGGGCAUCAAGGAAAUCACGGAAACAGCUACGGAAGACGUGAGGAUGAUCGUUCUCAUUCUCGCGAUAACCACGGUGGAAGCCGCUAUGGGGAACGGGAUGAUCGUGGCAACAACGGACGAAGUGCGGAUAAUCGCUACUCUCAAAGCAAUUAUAACUACGACAGCAACCGUGGUGGCCAACAUUAUCAGCGAGACAAUCACGGAUCAAAAGAUGAUCGUGGACCAAUGAACCAAUACAACGAUCAUGGUUCUAAUCAUAAUUCCAAUAGCAGAAACGACCAGUAUCGUCAGGGAUCUUACCAAGGCGAUGGUCACUCCGGCUAUCGCAGAGACGAUGAUCGUCGUCGUAACGACAAUGACCAGGCUAGACCAUAUCAAUCGAAUAGAGAUUCUGACAGAAACUCACCACGCGACCACCACAACUACAACAGCCAAAGUUCUCCGCGAAGCCAUCAGGGUGGACAAGAUCGCUACAGUGCUCCAAAAGAAGACAAUCAGCGACGCUACGACAACCACCAGGGAGGCCACGAUUCCUACCGUGGUCAGAAUUCUGGUGGCUACAGUGGAAAUAACAGCGGAGAAUACAGAAACGACUACCGCUCUCAACAAGAUUCCCGCGAUCAUCGUUCUGGAGGCAAUAACAGUUCCAGUGGUUUCAAAAACGAUGGUGGAUUUGGGGGCAAUGACAAUCGUGGAUUCGGAAACAAUGGCGGUGGCAGUUUUGGAAACCCGAACAACUCUUAUCGAGGAAAUUCCAAUAAUAUCGGCGGAUUCCACCGUAGCGAUGGUAGUAAUUCUGAAGGUGUCAAUGCACCGGUAAGAGCCCCACGUGACUGGGUUCCAGUAACACGAGAUAUCGAUGAGUUGGUUCGAGAAACUGCGGACCGUCUAGCAGAUUGUGAUGUAGGCCAAGAUCGUGCUGUUGAGAUUCGCAAUGCCGAAAAAGAUGUCCGUCUCACGUCAUGGACGAAUUCUGGUCUUCACCCAACAAUACUCGAGACGCUGAAGCGUAUAAAAUAUAAUAAUGUUCGAACAAUCCAAGGAGCAAUGAUUCCACAAGUUCUCGAUGGCCACGACGUGUUGGGACAGGCGGAAACCAGCGCUGGAAAGACAGCGGCGUUCGGAUUACCGAUUAUUGAUAAAAUUUUGAGAAUGGAUGAGGAGACUCGCAACAAGGCUCGUCAAGACGAUGGACCACUUGCCCUCAUUCUUGCUCCAACCCGUGAAUUGGCAGCCCAAAUUCACGAAGCUCUCCGUACAUAUUGCCAAAAUACGGAUAUCAUUGUUCUCUUAUCAUACGGACAGUCGGAUCGUGCUCGAUCGCUCAAUGAAAUCAGGAAUGGAUGUGAUAUUCUUAUUGGAACCUGUGGCCGCAUUAUGGAUUUCACCGUAAAAAGUCACAUCAGUCUGUUGCAUCUGAGGUUCCUCGUCUUCGAUGAGGCAGAUCGUCUUUUACAAGAUAUGAAAAAGGAUCCAUUGGGACAUCUUGGAGCAAUUAUCAAAGACGCUGGCUUCAUGGAGUCUGCUGCUACUCGACAAACUAUCAUGACAUCAGCAACUUUUAACGCGAGUGUCAUGACUGUCGCAAAUGAACUGAUGAAACGAUUGCCUGGUCAAGAUGAGAUGAUUAAAAUCGUUCUAGCUAAUGGACGCUUGAGCAAACGCGUUAACCUGGAGUUCUUCGAAUGUAAGGGUCUUGCAGAGAAGAACGCGAAGCUCAGGGAGAUUCUUAAACAGAACGUUAACGGUAAAACUCUCAAGACGAUAAUUUUUGUUCAAAAGAAGGAUCAAUGCGAUGCGUGUGCCGCAAAACUGACAUCCGGAGGAAUGCUAGCUCAAACUUUGCACGGUGAUCGAUCCCAAGACAUGCGUGAAAAGUUGAUCAAUGACUUCAAAAGCAACCGAGUAAACUUGCUCGUCACCACUGAUCUUUUAUCGCGAGGAAUUGAUGUGUCAGAUUUGGAUCGAGUUAUCAACUUUGACCUUCCUGACGGAGACCCUGAUCAGGGAGCUGACACGUUCAUUCAUCGCGCUGGAAGAACUGGUAGAACUGGAAGAAAGGAAAAUGGUCUCUGCGUUUCGUUUGUAGAUCCUCAGUCUGAUCGAGAUAGUUUAUUGGCACCGAAACUCGUCGAGCUUAUUAUAUCGCAGAAUCUCCCGGAUCUCAAAGUUCCAGAUUUCUUGGACGCGAUGGCAAAAUCCAGCCGUGGAAAGAGUGGAACUAGCGGUUUUGGUCAGCGAGGUGGAUACGGAGGAAGAGGUGGAGGCUUCGGUGGCACUGGUAGAGGAAGAGGUGGUGGUGUCUUCGGUGGCGGAGGAAGAGGCGGAGACUUCGGAGGUUCCGGCAAUUUUGGUGGAUCCGGCGGUGGUGGCAGUUUUGGAGGAUCUGGUGGAGGCGGCGGCUUCGGAGGCGUAAAACCCAGCGGAUUUGGCGGAUCUAGAAACAAUGCCGAGCCUACAUCAUCCGGGGGAGGUUUUGGUGCUCCAAAAGCACCAACUGGAUUCCCAUCAGACAACAAUGAUGCAUCUGAAGAUGCACCAGCCGCCGGCGGUUUUGGCUUUUCUACGAAAGCUGCCCAAGAUGCGAAAAAAGCUGAAGAGAGUGCCACUCUGGGAAGUUCAACAUUUGGAACAGCUAAUAAUGCCGACGAGGAACCAACUGAAACCGGAGCCGAUGGCAACGACGACGACGAGUGGUAAAAUCUACGCGACGUCGUCAUUAUUAUUUGAUCUCGAGAGAUCUUUUGUUUAAUAGAAACAUUUCGAGACAUCGCUUCACACCAUUCUAUCGUAUUUUCGUAAUUAUCAAUUCUGGCAUGAUCAAUCAGUCAAUUGAACAUGGUGAUUUAUGUGAUGUCUCGAAAAUUUUCAAAUUCACGACACCGCAUUCUUUUAUUUGUUUUGUAAAUCUUCUGUUAAGUAUUGUUUCCGAUCCCGAUAUUUACUUACUCGUAUUCCGUAUUCCACCGUAUCCCCGUACCUUAUUUUGACUAUCUAUUUCUUUAUGAAUUUUGUAUUCAGUACCUAUUAAAUACAGUUCUGAAUUUUUUAACGGGGAAUUUUGUUUAAAAUAAAUCUCAAUGUUGGAAAU